UUGUGUCUUUGUUUGUUUAAGCAAAAAGUUUUGUAAUUAAACCACUUAAUGCAUGGCUUCUGCGUUCAUGUAUAGUUGUUUACUUGUUUAAAGAUCUUCAUAACUUUUAAAAAAGCUCCUUACUACCCACUCUGUUUGAUUACUGAGAAAACUGAGGAAACGAAAAUAAAUAUAUAUUUUAACACUUUUUUAUGAACUAUUAGUCUUUCAUUUCUGAAAAUGGAAACGCUUGCUUUACUUAACUUUUAUACCAAAUGGUUAUGGUAGACUGACGACUUCCAUUAUGUUUUUUCUGGCUCUUCAGCAAUGGAAAUUUGAUUAAAUCCUUCCCUUUAUUUUCAGUUUCUCACUGUAUUUUUGGUGCAUUUUCUGGGUUGAUGAAAAUUUUUAUAAUCUUUCUACUUUUUCGUUUUUUAUUUUCUUGUUUUCUUUUUCCAUUCCUCUAAUGAUAAUUACGUAAUAGUUACUUGAUAUCUUCUUUUUUUUUUUUUUUUCUUUUAGGCCAUCUUUGAUUCUGUUUUGACAAAAUCAUGCUUUUCUUUCGUCCUUUUCUGCUUUUCUGUUUCUCCUUUAUCUCUUCUCGUUUUUCUCUCUAGUGCGAAUUCAAAGUUUGUCAAUCUCUCUCUCUCUCUCUCUCUCUCUCUCUCUCUCUCUCUUGUAGAGCAUACUUUCAGAAGUAUGGAAUGUUUUUACUUUUUUUAUGGGAUGGUCUAAGUUUCAAAUUUCUUUACAUGGGUUUCUUUUCCUUUAUGGCUUCAGCAAAAUUUUGAAAACUGAAAAAUCUGAUCAUAGAUGUGUUGUUGGCCCUAUUUUCCAGCAUUUUCUGUGGAACCAAACAGAGAUUUCUGUCUUUUUUAUGGGGAUGAUUUGAAACAGCGUGUUGGGACACAGAUAUACUUUUUCUUUGUUCUUUGUCUUAAACUCUUCUGUGUGGCUCUCUUUGUGGAACUCAAUAUAAAGCUGGUUUCAUUGUCGAUUAACGUAAUCCCCACCAGAUUGUAAUUGACUAAGAUUAAAAGAUCCCAGUUUUCUGUAUCGAGGUUUGAGGUGUAAAGUGACCUAUGGUUUCAGUGGUGGGAAUCUUUGGUGUUUGGAUAGUCUUUUUCUUGGUUGACUAUUCUAGCAAAAUUUGGAGUUUAAUGUGAGAUCUGUUCUGUCAAAAGGAGGAAUCUUGUCCAUUAAUCACAGUGCAGAUGCCUUGUUCUUUCUGCUGUUGAACAAAUGGGGGCUUGUGUCUCGACUAGUAGCCAAAGUACUUGUAGUAGUAGGAGGAGCAAUGCAGAUACUGUUCCCCCCCCAUGCUUGGGGAUUGGAUUUUGCGGGCAAAAGAAAACUAAAAGAACAUUCUCCGACCACGUAGUUACACUGCAGCAUUUACCCUCUAUACCUAACAGGAUUUUCACUAAUGGAAAGAGCCGAACUUCUUGUAUAUUCACACAGCAGGGUCGCAAGGGCAUAAACCAGGAUGCGAUGAUCGUAUGGGAAGAUUUCUUAUCAGAAGAUGUGACUUUUUGUGGUGUCUUUGAUGGCCAUGGUCCACAUGGCCAUCUUGUUGCCCGCAAGGUGAGGGAUGCCCUGCCAAUGAAGUUACUGUCAUUCUUGCACUCUAAUCAGUCGAGGCAAAAUGGGACAGGUCAAACCUGUUUUAAGGGGAACUCAAAGAAAUCAGAAAUUGGAGAUUCUGAGAAGGAUGGGUCCAUGGAGGAUAAACUGAAUUCUGUAUGGAGAGAAGCAUUCCUCAAGUCCUACAAGGCUAUGGACAAAGAGCUGAGAUCCCAUCCUAAUUUGGACUGCUUCUGUAGUGGUAGCACUGCUGUCACUAUGGUAAAACAGGGCUCCAAUCUUUUCAUGGGAUAUAUUGGGGAUUCUCGUGCAAUCAUGGGAUCUAAGGAUGACAAUGAUUCUAUGGUUGCAAUCCAGUUGACUGUUGAUCUGAAACCUGAUUUGCCAAGGGAAGCAGAAAGGAUUAAACGGUGUAAAGGUAGAGUCUUUGCAUUGCAAGAUGAACCUGAAGUACCAAGAGUUUGGUUGCCAUUUGAUGAUGCCCCUGGCCUAGCAAUGGCACGGGCAUUUGGGGACUUUUGUUUGAAGGAAUAUGGGGUGAUCUCCAUACCUGAGUUCUCUCACCGCCUACUUACAGAGAAAGAUCAAUUCAUUGUUCUUGCCUCUGAUGGGGUUUGGGAUGUUUUGAGCAAUGAAGAGGUGGUUGAGAUUGUGUCAUCAGCUCCAACGAGGUCAUCAGCUGCGAGAAUCCUGGUGGACUCGGCUGCUCGAGAAUGGAAGCUCAAAUACCCAACUUCAAAAAUGGAUGACUGUGCAGUGGUUUGUUUAUUUUUGGAUGGGAAAAUGGACUCAGAAUCUGAUUAUGAGGAACAGUGCUUUUCUUCUGCAACCCUGCAGAGCAAUCAUUCUGGUAAUGCAAUUGAAUCAGAUGAUGGCCAGAAGUCUGAGCCAUGUUUGCAAAGGAAUUUUACUGUGAGAUCAUCAGAAGAAAACGAUAAUUAUGGAAAACUAGGGGCUGAAGUUGAUGGAAGUGGAGAAACAGUUGCUGGUGAAGAUCAGAGUUGGUCAGGUUUGGAAGGCGUCACAAGAGUGAACUCCCUUGUUCAACUUCCAAGAUUUUCUGAGGAAAGACCCAACCCAUAAUCUUCUUGUUUAUUGCAGAGCUGCAACGGGGCUGACAUAAUUGUAAUAUUUUGGCAUUUUCUUUGAGUUUGUGCAGGUAAAUUAUUGCCACACCCCUCUUGUAUUGCUAUGCCUCACAGAAACGUUCCGAAACAGCUUUCAUCAAGAAAAUGAACUGAAUCAUUAUAGUUAUGUUAAUAUGAUUUAAUUUUCAAUCAAGAUUCUGAGUCUGCAUGCAUUCAGGCAAACCAAUAUGCCAAAAUAAAUUCAUUCCUUAACCCCAGAGAGAGCUUUGUAGUCUAGACAUUGCAGAUGAUAUAAGAACUAGUUGGGCAAAAAGAGAAUUAUUGAAUCAUAUUAGAAAACAUAUCCUUUGAUACUUAAACUAACAUGUGUUAAAUGGAAAAUGUAAUAGAAUUGUGAUCACAUGUAACAGGAAUGUAAUGGAUUCAUUUUUUCUUCCUGCUUAAAAAUACAGUUCCCUUCAAAACCCUUAUGAAUACACCAAAUCCAGACAAAUAUUUGAAUAAUCCUCAAACGUGCAAGAGAUUGGAGGCUCCAAUUCUUCCUGAUGAUGUGGUAAAAGUUUGCACUUCAGAUAUGUGGUGAAGGCAUGCAUCUAAAAGUCAGAUUAUAGCUGUCGUUAACUCUGAUUCAGUUGAUAUGUGUAAUUUUUGGAAGCUUGUGUUUGAAAUUUACCACCUGAUCUUGUAUUGAAGAACAGGGCCUGUAGUCCCUGGAAGACUCACCUAGGAAAAUUGCUCGAUUUACAAUGGAUUCAUUAGUAGAUUUGAAUGUAUAUAUGAUAAAAAUAUUUGGGAUGGUGCAUUCUCUUCGUUUAUGUAACCGUACACGUCUAUAUGCUAGUUGUGUUAGUCUACACCUAUUGCGGGGCCAUAUUAAAUCAAUCAAGUACAUUUUCAAUUAUUCGCCGCAUGAGUUGGCGACAUGAAAUUAAGUAAAAAUAGCUAGUAGUGAAGUUUAAUCUCUAAGCUUACAACUUCAAUCACCCUUAUACAUCCAACAUACACACACACAUCAACUUACCCAUAUUCUGAAAACGAUGUGCAUCCAUUCCUUUCUUGAGCCACAUAGGCAAAUCUGCAUUUUAUGGCCUUGUUUAAAAAUAUAUAAAAAAAAAAAAAAAACAAAACUCUCUUUAAGACCUUCUCUUAUCAUUUCUCAUUCCCUAGAAGCUUGUAUGCAUUUAUUUCUAUACUAUACAUGGAAGCAGGGGGAUGGAUGCAUAUCAGUAAAUCACCGUCAAACUCAGUUGGAUUCUGAACUUAUAUAAGAAGAGCACCUUUUCCUUGUUCACCAUCAAAUAUUCACAUUGCUUAUCUCCUCUUUUGCUCUUCUCAAUGGCUUACAUGAGCAAGUUGUCUCUUAUUGCUCUACUUGUCUUGUUUGCCAUAUCGAGGCAUGCAAUUGCAGGGCGCCAAAUUCCAAUGAAAACCAACCAAAUUCCAGAGAAUACCAAGGAUGUGGACUUGAAACAAUCCAAGUUUCUUUUUAAAUCUCUUCACGAUAAAUAUCAUGACAAUAGCUUCCUUAUUCCAGGCAUCGGCCGGGUGAUGGUGCCACCUGCUUUCAGUGUUCCUUCCUAUGGUCCACACAGGGGCAUUGGAGGCAUUGGAGGCAUUGGAGGCUCUAUUCCAGGCACUGGAGGCUCUAUUCCAGGUGGUGAUGAUGCAUUCAUCCCCGGAGGUGGUUCUGUUCCAGCACCUGCUCAUCCUUGAGCAUGCACUGCUGCUUCCUAAUAAACAACAGCUAGCAUCAAUGCCAGGUGCAUGCGCAAGUUUUAAUAUGGUAUAUGUUUGUAUUUGGGGUUUGUUUUUAUGGAAGUCUUCAUCUAUUAAGUUCUCUCCUUGAGAUACAAAUAAUUACUGUUGGAUGUACUAGUCCAAUUCUAACAUUAGAAUGGGACCUUGAACCUAUCCUGCUUCCUUUCUCAAGAUGUACCCGUCCAAGUCUGCAUUUCUGAUCAAUAAAUUAUGAUUAUUUAGAUCCCGUCA